AUCACAGCGUUUUCCCAUUUUUGUGUGUCGUUUAGUCCUUUCCCCCCAAUUUUCCUAAAGAACAAAAGCACCCACCCUUUUAUUUUAGGCCACUCCAUUCUUCCUUUUACACCCUCCAAUCCAUCUACGUUGACUUCACAUAAAAGAAAAGAACACAAACAAACCCUAACCUACACACAACAGCCACACAACGAAUCAUUACAACUUCAUUCAAUUUGGUCCUAAAGAUUGUUUUUUUUUUUUUCAUUUGAUAAAAAAAAAUCUUCAAUUUCAAGCAAAUCUCUCUGAUUAUUACUAUUAUUGAAAUUAUUUGAUUCAGCUGAAAAAUUGAUUAUUGAUUCAUAGAUCGAUGGGGAAACCAGCUGGAAAAAAGAAGGAACAUGAAUCACCAAAAUCAAACAACAAGAACAAAGGUUACGAACGUUCAACAUCAUUCGACGAUGACACAGCCAUGUUCAUCAACAUGUCACAAGAAUUAAGAGAAGAAGGUAACAAACUUUUCUUCCAAAAAAAAGACAACGAAGGAGCUAUGUUAAAGUACGAAAAAGCUCUCAAACUCUUACCCAAAAACCACAUAGAUGUUGCACAUCUUCACACCAACAUGGCCAUGUGUUAUAUGCAAUUGGGUCUCGGCGAAUAUCCUCGAGCUAUUAACGAGUGCAAUCUUGCUCUGCAAGUUUCGCCGAGGUAUAGUAAAGCUCUUCUUAGAAGAGCUAAGUGUUACGAGGCGUUGAAUCGAUUGGAUUUGGCUAUGAGAGAUGUUAGAGUUGUUUUGAAUGCUGAGCCGAAUAAUUCAACCGCGUUGGAGAUUCUUGAUAGUUUGAGGAUUACUAUGGAGGAGAAAGGGAUCGCUAUUGAUGAGACUGAGAUUGCUCUGGCUGCUAUUCAGCAAAUAGAGCCGCCUGCUGCACGGUUUAGGAAAGUUGUUAGGGAGAAGAUUAAUAAGAAGAAGAAAGGGCAUAAAGGGGAAGGCGAGGAAGAGAGGAAAAGUAAGAGUGUCGUUGAGAAGAAAGCUGCCAAUGUUGGAAAUGUUAACGUUAAUGUUAAGGUGAAGGGUCAAGAUUCGAAGGAUAAGGUUAUGGAUAAGGAUAAGGAUAGUAAAGAAGUUGUUAAGGAAGAUAAAGGGGUUACUAGGACUGUGAAGUUGAUAUAUGGAGAGGAUAUUAGGUGGGCGCAGUUGCCGGUGAAUUGUAGUAUGAAGUUGGUGAGAGAUGUGAUAAGGGAUAGGUUUCCGGGGUUAAAGGGUGUUCUUGUGAAGUAUAAGGAUAGGGAAGGUGAUUUGGUUACUAUUACUACUACUGCUGAGUUGAGGUUAGCUGAGGGUUGUCAUGUGCUUGGUUCGAUUCGGUUGUAUAUUACGCAGGUGGAUUUGGAUAUGGAGCCGUGCUAUGAUGAAAAGACGAGUAGUGGUGAGGUGAGAGAGGAGAAUGGGGUUGGAGAAGGAGAUAAGGGUGUUGGGGGUAAUAGGAUGAUUACUGUGGAGGAAUGGCUUGUUCAGUUUGCGAGGCUGUUUAAGAACCAUGUUGGGUUUGAUUCUGAUUCGUAUCUGGAUAUUCAUGAGGUUGGGAUGAAGAUAUAUUCGGAGGCGAUGGAGGAUUCGGUGACAAAUGAUGGUGCUCAAGAGCUGUUUGAUAUUGCUGCGGAUAAGUUUCAAGAGAUGGCUGCUUUGGCUUUGUUUAAUUGGGGGAAUGUUCACUUGUCUAAGGCGAGGAGGCGAGUGCCUUUUCAGGAAGACGGGACGAGAGAAGCGUCUCUCGAGCAUCUUAAAGCUGGAUAUGAAUGGGCUACGAAGGAGUACAAGGAAGCAGAAAUGAGAUACGAAGAAUCUGUGAAAAUCAAACCAGACUUCUACGAGGGACUCCUUGCUCUUGGGUAUCAGCAGUUUGAGCAAGCAAAGCUAUGCUGGUGUUAUUUAAUUGCAAACAAUAAGAAUAUCGAAGUUGGUCCUUUUGAGGAGGUUCUGCAGCUCUAUAACAAGGCAGAGGACAGCAUGGAAAAAGGGAUGUUGAUGUGGGAGGAGAUUGAGGAACAACGUUUGAAUGGGCUCUCUAAGUUAGAUAAAUAUAAUGCAGAGUUAGAGAAAAUGGGUUUGCACGGUCUUUUCAGGGACAUUUCUUCUGAAGAAGCUGAAGAGCAGGCUUCAAAUAUGAGGAUACAGAUAUACCUUUUAUGGGGCACCUUAUUGUACGAGCGUUCUGUUGUGGAAUUUAAGCUAGGACUACCAACAUGGGAGGAGUGUUUGGAGGUUGCUGUUGAAAAGUUUGAACUAGCUGGAGCUUCUACAACUGACAUUGGUGUCAUGAUAAAGAACCAUUGUUCUAAUGAAACAGCAAUGGAAGGGUUCAAAAUUGAUGACAUAGUGCAAGCAUGGAAUGAGAUGUAUGAUGGAUGGCAGUUUGAUGUUCCAACUUUCCGACUCGAACCAUUGUUUCGUCGGCGUGUUCCAAGACUCCAUUACAUCCUGGAACAAUUUUAAGUUUUUUUGCUUUGUCAUUCUUUAGAGGCAAAAAUAGCGCUUCUGUUUUAUUCUUCAAUAUUUUUGAAGAUUUCUACAGUCCAUUUCAAGGCAGGGAUUUGUUCUUCAUUUUGUCAACUCUGUGAUGGGUGCUAUGAUUGAAUUAUUUUUCCGAUAUCAGUUUUGUAGAGAUUGGGAUACUAGGAUUAGAAAGAUUGGUUAUAGUAUUUGAUUUGCCAUUAGAGGGGGGUAUAUGUUCUGAUGGUUUUUGCUGUUGUAAAAUCAGUAUAUGAUUCCAUUUGUUGGUUUGAGGUAAUGAGUGAUUGUAUUGUUCAGUUUGCAAACACAAUAAAAAUAUUCAGCUUGCUGGGGUUUGAUGAUUAUUUAUGUUGUAAAAUUGUCAUUUAUACAAUUCUAUUUCUUCCGGUAUUGUAUAGCACACUGCAUUUGUCA